GACUAGCUACAGGUAGCUCAAAAUUUUCCCUGGAAAGGUAGCAUUUCUCGAAACGAACGACUUUUUUUCUGGAUUAAAUAGUUUGAAACUGCAAUUUGCAGAACAUUGUGUUGCAACGUUAAAACAACAGAAGCCAGUAGUAAAUUGAUAUUCCGAUGCACAACUUAUAGCCGGUUGCAUCAAUUCAGAUGAUAUUGAGCGCGCAGUACAAUUGCAGUCCGAUAGUUCAAGAGAUUAUCACCGGCAGCAGGUUCGUUUUGCUUGAUUGAUUGAACGUCUCGCGAUCGCUAAACCUCAACCUCAACGAAAGUCAUCAUCAUCAGCUGCGCUACGAUCCGCUGGAUUUGCAACGAGAAGUGGUCGAAAUUCCAAGAUGUGCAAAUCUGUUCUGGAGUUCUCCGAUGACAACUUUGCACGCUGUGAAUAGGCAGUUCCCACGAGAGCCUCCUUGAAGCAACAUCUUGAUCGCGUGUGCCCCGGCGCCCAGAAAAGUAGCUUAAGCAUAGUUUAGCCGUUCUUUAAGUGAUUGGACUUAAGCGCCUCCAAAAAAGGCAAAUUAGGUCUGUUUGAAUGUAGCAAAUUUUUGCCAGCGACCAGGCUUCAAGGUCGUGAAGAUCGCGUAUAGUUUCAAGGCUGAUAAAACCAGGCCUUGACUCUAGUGCUUCCUCGAUAUCUAUGGCGGAAACUUUCCCCGGAAAAUCUCCUAGGAUUUCCGAAGGUCUGAAAUAGUUCAGAACACAAUGUACUCCUCAGCUCGCAGUGCAGCGGUGGGAAGUGCGAACCGUUUGAAGAGCCCUGUCAGCCGUAGCCCAUCUGAAUGUGACCUGGAAGCUGGCGAAGGCACUCCACUACUGGUGAAGGUAGCGAAGGUUGACAACGGAGGACAGCAGCAGAAUUAUGCGAAUCAGACUAUUCGUCUUCAAACGACGGCCAUUUUGGCUAUCCUAGCCCUAGUUCUGUGCCUGUUGCUUGGGAUCGUUAUAGCCGUGUAUCUGAUGGUGUUGCAGAUCCCAAGACCAUGGCCGGUGUCGCAUCCCUUCUACAUGGUCGAGAAAAAUGGUUGGAUGUCGGGACAGCAAUCGCCAGUUACAGGACUUCCUUCGGCGAAACUUGGUAUGCAAGCCCUGGUGAAGUCCGCCAUCCGAAAUGUGAUCGUCGUUCAAACGGGAAGUGAACCGUGCUACGGACAGGCCGAUUGCGUCGAAUACGUUCGUCAGGUACACAACGAAGCUGUAACUCAAAACGGAACGCAUAUCCCGUUUAACUUCCUGAUCGGUGGCGACGGCAAAACCUAUGAAGGUCGAGGUUGGGAAGGUCAGCAUGGCUUUACCGAUUUACCCGGGAAGAAUGAUACCAUCGUCGUUGGAUUGAUUGGAACCUAUGAGGGUCGACGACCGGAAACGAUCGUUCUGGACGAAGUCAAGGCACUGCUGACGGAAUCGAUCCGACGCUUUUCGCUGUCGCCUAACUAUGAUCUCUAUGGGGUGACAAACCGUUUCGUCUCACAGGAGGGUCGCUGGACGGAGCUAUACAAGGAACUGAGACACUGGAAGCACUGGAAAGGAUUUGUUAUAGGGUGACGGAAAAAGAAGGAGUUUGACGAUAUUUUAAUUUAUUUCAAGUUUUUAUAAUAAUUAAAAAAAACAACAACAACAAAAAGGAAACGAAGAAAACGAAUCAAGUAUUACCUAGCAAAAUUUAUAAAAUAAACGAAUUGUUUAUUUUUCCGAU